AUGGACGGCGGCAUACAGCUGCGGGAUGAGGCGGUACGAGAUCGCAUACGAGCCGCGGAAGAGUUCUUGGAUCCAAAUGACCCUCGAGCGCGGAGUUACCGAGCCGAUGUUGUACUGAUGCUCAACCGUGGUCUUCGACGACUCACAGUCAGCAUAGACGAAAUCAGAGCGCAUAAUAGAGAGUUGGCAGACGGACUGCUCAACACUCCCUUCGAUUUCUCCCUAGCGUUCGACCGAGCACUCAAGAACAUCGUAACCGCAUUACCGAAUCGACCUCCGCAUGAGACUGCCGACGAUCAGAUGUACUACUGCGCGUACAUUGGCAGCUUCGGCGAGUUCUCCUGCAAUCCUCGCACCCUCAGCUCCUCCCAUCUCAACCACAUGGUCUCCCUCGAAGGCAUCGUCACAAAAUGCUCGCUCGUUCGACCAAAAGUCGUCAAGAGCGUGCACUACAGCGAGUCGGAGCUGAAGUUCCUCUUCAGAGAGUACGUAGACCAGACGAUGACAGCAAGCGGCGCUACAAGCACAAGCGUAUACCCUACGGAAGACGAGAAGGGGAAACCGCUGAUAACGGAGUACGGAUAUUGCACAUAUCGUGAUCAUCAGACGAUCUCCAUACAAGAAAUGCCCGAACGAGCACCUGCUGGCCAGCUGCCUCGAGGCGUCGACGUAAUCAUGGACGAUGACCUGGUCGACCGUGUCAAGCCAGGUGACAGGAUACAGCUUGCUGGCAUCUACAGAUCCCUAGGAGCCCGCGGCGCAGGUAGCGGCAGUGCGACCUUCCGGACACUGAUAUUAGCGAACAACGUCAUUCUGCUCUCCUCGAAGUCCGGCGGUGGGAUCGCGCAGGCUACAAUCACUGACACUGACAUCCGCAACAUCAACAAGAUAUCGAAAAACAGGAAAGUGUUUGAUUUGCUGUCACAGUCCCUAGCACCGAGUAUCUAUGGCCAUGACUACAUUAAGAAGGCGAUUCUACUCAUGCUGCUGGGCGGUAUGGAGAAGAACCUCGAUAAUGGUACUCAUCUGAGAGGGGACAUCAACAUCCUCAUGGUUGGUGAUCCGUCGACCGCAAAAUCCCAGCUUCUCCGCUUCGUCCUGAAUACCGCGCCACUUGCCAUCGCCACAACCGGACGAGGAUCUUCCGGCGUCGGUCUCACAGCUGCCGUGACCUCGGACAAGGAGACGGGCGAACGUCGCCUCGAAGCAGGUGCCAUGGUUCUUGCUGACCGUGGAGUCGUCUGUAUUGAUGAGUUCGACAAGAUGAGCGAUAUCGAUCGAGUCGCCAUCCACGAAGUCAUGGAGCAGCAGACUGUGACCAUUGCCAAAGCGGGCAUACACACUUCACUCAACGCGCGUUGUAGUGUCAUCGCUGCCGCGAAUCCCAUAUAUGGCCAGUACGAUACGCACAAGGAUCCGCAUCGGAACAUCGCUCUGCCUGACUCCCUACUCUCCCGUUUCGAUCUGCUCUUCGUGGUCACGGAUGACAUUGAUGAUGUUCGGGAUCGCCAGGUUUCUGAACACGUCCUGCGGAUGCACCGCUACCGCCAGCCCGGCACUGAAGAGGGCGCACCAGUCCGGGAAGAAGGCGCGCAGUCCCUCGGCGUCGGGCUGGAUCAGGAGGCCGACGCCAACAGGCCGACAGAUGUCUACGAGAAGUUCAAUGUUAUGCUGCACGCCGGUGUUACAGUAACCAUAGGCCGAGGUGCUGCCCGACGGGUCGAAGUUCUUAGCAUCCCCUUCAUCAAGAAAUAUAUCCAGUACGCCAAAUCGAGGAUAAAGCCUGUACUCACUAAGGGCGCCGCGGAUCACAUCAUAACCACAUACUCGGCGCUACGAAACGACGAGCUAGAAGGCAACCAGCGAAAGACCUCGCCCAUGACAGCCCGUACGCUUGAGACGCUGAUCCGUCUCGCGACCGCGCACGCAAAAGCAAGGCUCUCGAACCGCGUCGAGCAGAAAGAUGCCGAGCAAGCAGAGGAGGUCCUCCGCUUCGCCCUGUUCAAAGAAGUCGUGGCCGAUGAGCGCAGAAAGCGAAGGAAGAUUAGUAGAGCCCCUGACGCCAUGUCCACGGACGAGGACAACUCGUCCGACGACGACGGCGGCGAUGAGACUCAGAGGACGCGUAACGGUACCACGCCUCGCACACCUUCGCGCAGGCACGGCGGACGGAAGACGAGGAGCCAGGCCGCGACUAACGGGACCGCAGCCACGAACGGCCAUGCGUCGGGCUCUGCGGAUGAGGAUGAUGCAGACGAUGACCUCUACAGCGGCACCCCGCGCACGCAACGCACGCGCACCAGCCGCACAAACGGCACAGCAGCAGUCUCGUCCUCGCAGUUCUCGAUGGCGUCGUCGCAACCAGCAUCGCAGUUACUGCCGUCGCAGACAGAAGAAGACUCGCAGAACACGACGCAAGGUGCCCAGGCGGAUGAGACUAUCACUGCGGCGCGGCUGCAGACGUUCCAGACGGCGCUGGGUCAGCUCAUCGAUGGGCCGUUGUUUGCUAAUGAUGCUGCGGAUGUUGAGCCCCUGGUUGGGGCUGUUAAUGCCAGAUUGCCGGGCGGGCAGGCGCAGUUUGGGGGGGCGGAGGCGGAGAGGGCGCUUGAGGCGCUGAGUGAGAGGAACAAGAUUAUGUGA